AUGGGAUUCAGGACCAGCAGCUGUGAUGAGAGCCUCUUUCUCAAGGGGGAGGGGGAGAAGCUGGUGCUGUUUCUGAUCUAUGUGGACGGCAUUCUUCUCUUCAGCAGCAGCAUGAAGGAGAUCCAGAAGGUGCAGCAGCAGCUGAUGGAGAACUUCAAGUGCAAGAACCUUGGGGAGGUAAAGUACUACCUCGGGAUGCACGUGGAGAGGGAUCCAGAUCACAGGAACGCUGUGCUUCAUGGGCUCAACAAGCACAUGUGUAUCAAGUGGCACUGGCUGCGUAAGGAGGUGAAGAGGAGGACAGUGAAUCCGAUCUAUAUCAAGACUCACCAGCAGCCAGCUGACUUCCUCGCCAAGAGGCUUGCGGAUGAGCCUCAUUGGCAUUGUGUGCGCAUGAGUAGAAUGAGCAUGAACUAG